AUGGAUGAGAUGUACGACCUCCACUCUAGCGGUCAUGACUAUGCAGACAAGGCCUUGAUCUCACCCGAGAACUUGAUGAUGGCUGCCGAUUAUAGUUACCAAAGCUUUAUAUCUCCAUCGAACGAUCAUCACCGGAUUCAUAUAUAUGGAUCAGAUGAUCAUGUAGCUGCAGCAGCAGCAGCUGCGAGUCGGUUUCAGUGUUCGGCGAGUAUUUCGGAAGCUGCUUCGAUCACUCCUGAAGAUAUCCAAAGAGGCAGCAGCAGAUGCGGUUUUGGUGGUGAAGAUGAUAUUCAUGCUGCUGAGGAUGCUUGCAGUGUAAUCAAGGCCAAAAUCGCUUCCCAUCCUUCUUAUCCAAAACUUCUUGAUGCUUAUAUCGAUUGCCAGAAGGUGGGAGCUCCGCCGGAAAUAGCGGGUUUCUUGGAUGAGAUCAGGCGAGAAAACGGGGGCUUUUGUAAAGGGGACGCUAUUUCCACGUGCUUGGGAGCCGAUCCUGAGCUCGACGAGUUCAUGGAAACCUACUAUGACAUACUGGUGAAAUACAAAUCUGAUCUUUCGAGACCUUUCAAUGAAGCUACUACCUUCCUGAACAAGAUUGAAAUGCAGCUUGGCAACCUUUGUAAAGAUGAUGGUGCAGUAUCAUCAGACGAUGAACUAAGUGGUGUGGAGACAGAUGUGCAAGAUUCCCAAACAAAAGCUGAAGACCGAGAACUCAAGGAAACGCUAUUGCGUAAAUAUGGAAAUCACAUAAGCAGCUUAAAAUUGGAAUUCUCAAAGAAGAAAAAGAAAGGAAAGCUUCCCAAGGAGGCCAGGCAGAUCUUACUUGAAUGGUGGAAUGUUCACUACAAAUGGCCGUACCCAACUGAAGCUGAUAAAAUUUCGCUGGCUGAAUCAACCGGACUUGAUCAGAAGCAGAUUAACAAUUGGUUCAUUAACCAGAGGAAGCGGCAUUGGAAACCCUCCGAGAAUAUGCAGUUAGCUGUUAUGGAUAGUCUGUCUGGACAAUUUUUUGCUGAUGACUAA